GCUCCAGCGCACCCGGCUCAGGGGCGCUCGGGAAGGAGCCAAACGAAUCUGGGCUGGGAACAAACCCGAGGGUGCCCGGCUACGCCUGAGCCGUGCUCCGGUCACGCGUGGGGGGAUCUCGGCUCAGGCUCCAGCGGGUGCCGGGCUCUGGGACUGGCCGCGCUGCCUGGGGGCGGGUUCCCGGGAGUGGCGGGGUCUCCCCCGCGCCCCACGGCGGAGUUUGUAAACACGCAGGGGGCGGCCGCCACUCCAGCCUGCGCCCCCGAGACGGGCCGGGAGGCGAACGGGGAGCCCCGGCGGGAGGCUCGGCCUUUGUUCGCGGCUCGCGGGGAGGCUGCUCGUCAGCGGGUCCCGGUAACGAUCCUUUGCCCAAGCGGCGCCUCCCUCCUCGCUUCGCCCCCGGCUGUGACCGGCCUCUGCCAGCCGCGGCUCCGCGACGAGACCUGGCCUGAGCCGGGGGGAGGGGUCCCUGGGCCCCGGGGCGGGGAGCUGCGGGCUCCCCAGGACUGGGGCUGAUCUGGGGGCGCCGGGCGCAGAGUCCCCAGACUGGGCUCUUGCAUUGACACGGGGCGAGCCGAGUAAAGCCCCCCCCGGAGCGGGCUCCCCCCACGGGCUGCGGGAGGGGGGAGCCCCGGCCCUGGCAAAUCCUCUCCCGGGUCAUGUUUAAUCCGGCCCGGUGCAGCUGGCAGGGCUGAAGUUCACCCGCCGCAGGGUGUUUGUGCCAAGCGCUGGGGCCUGGGGGGGCCCAGCCGGCCCUUCCUUUCCCAGGACCCAGCUCCCUGCUGGACAUGGGCCUCUUCCUUCCCGUGGCUGGCGCGGGGCCAGGGGAAGGCGCCAGGGGCACGGGGAAGCGCGUGCACCGGCAGGAAGCCUGUUGACAAACACCUCGGUGGGGCAGCUGCAGGAGGCAGGAUGUGGGGCUAGCCCUGGCCAGGCUGUGCGAAUCUGCCCCCCUCCCGCCCCGGUCAGCUCCAGGUGUGGGACUGAUGGGGGAGGCAAGUCCCAGCAGGUUUGGGACCCUCUGUCUGUGCCUUGGGACAGGGCAUGGGCACCAAGCUGGCACACCGGGGGAGGGUUAUGCCCCACACAGGCAUAUAAUUGGGGGGGUUCAUCUGUCACGUGUCCCCCCUGGAAUCCCCCCUUCCCCAGUUGGGAGCUGCCACCUGUGCAAAGAAACAAAGAACUGGCUGCAACUGAGGUCCAACCACUGCAGGCUCUGUCCCCUGGGACCAGCCCCCAGAGCUGGUACCACUGCCCAGUCACACCUCUGCCCACCUCAUCAAUUACUUAAAUGUUGGCAUAGAAAGUAUGCUUAAGUUUGCAGAUGAUACCAAACUGGGAGGGAUUGCAACUGCUUUGGAGGACAGGGUCAAAAUUCAAAAUGAUCUGGACAAAUUGGAGAAAUGGUCUGAGGUUCCUAGCGGACGACUACACAGUGGAGGUCCGGCUCAAUGACUACCUGGACAUCAUCUGCCCGCACUACGAGGAGGGCAGCGUGACGCCUCGCGCCAUGGAGCGCUACACCCUCUACCUGGUGGAGUACGAGGAGUAUGUGGCCUGCAAGCCCCACUCCAAGGAGCAGAUCCGCUGGGAGUGCAACAAGCCAGCUGCCCUGCAUGGCCCCGAGCGGUUCUCCGAGAAGUUCCAGCGCUUUACGCCCUUCACCCUGGGGAAAGAGUUCAAGGAGGGACACAGCUACUACUACAUCUCAAAGCCAAUUCACCACCAUGGCGACGGCUGCCUGAAGCUGAAGGUGACUGUGGCUGGCAAAGCCACUGGGAUGCUGCCCGUCCACACCCCAAUGCAGAAGGGGGGGAUCCAGGCAGAUGACGCGGACGUGCAGGUCCUGAGGAGUGUGGGCCAGAACUCGGCGCUGCGGAGCAGCAGCCCUGUCACCUUGCUCAGCCUCCUGCUGCCCCUGCUGGUGCCGCAAGGCCUGUGAGGUGGGAGCCUGGCUGAGCGGCACGGACUGAACCGCUGGAUGGCGGCUGCUGCUGGGAUUGGACCCUGUGGCCCAGAGAUGUGCAGGCCCCCGGCUGGGCUGUUGCAAACACUCACGUGUG